AUGGAGGCGGGUGGAGGACGAGACACUGAUGGAGAUCAGGGCCCCAUCGUGCAGCACAUGGCAGAGAACCUGACUGAGAUCAGCACCCCCAUUCUGCCGGGCACUGCACAGACAGAGAGGGACAGUCCAUGCCCCAAAGAGAUCAUAAUCCAAAGAGACAAUGGGAGCGUGUCCGCCCCGCGCUGUCCCCGGCCCCACGCGCUGCCCUCCCCUCCCGGCCCGGCACAGGCCCCGCUACCGGCAGGAAGGGGCGGCUCCUCCCAGGGCCUGGCCCUGACCCCGGACCCCUCGCAGGGGGGUUGGGACACGCGGGGACCCGCCUCAGCCCGGAGGGAGCAGGAGAAAAGCAGGGACUCAGCCUCCCCCUCCAGCCCCUGGAGACACCCCGGGGAGCGCCGCAGCCCCGGGUUUCCAGUUUCCAAACCCUCUGUGAUCUCCCAGCUGGAAGGAGGGGAAGAGCCGUGGGUCCUGGAUCUCCAGGGUUCAGAGGAAAACGAGAUCCUGAGAAGUCCCUGGACAGGUGAGGAAACAUUAAACCAACCCAGAAACUCAGGUGAUGGGGUGGUGAGGGAGAGCGAGGAGCAGAAUCCUCACCAGGAAGAUGCUGAGCUCGCCGAAGCGCAUGGGGAAUUACUGCGAAGAUCCAAAGGGAGCGUGUCCAGCCCCCGUGAUCAGGGAAAAGCUGAUGAAAGUUACCAGAGACAAGAGAGAGAGCAGGGAAACCACUCAGAGGAGAGAGUGGAUGAACCCAUUAAUUGUCAGGCAACUCACAGGGACCUCAAGGAAACUACAUCCCAGGAGAAAAUCCUCACGCAGAAGCGAGAGAAUACGUGUAGUGAGUGUGGGAAAAACUUCAAUUACCAUUCAGCCCUUAUUCGACAUGAGAUAAUCCACACAAAAGAGAGACCCUACGAAUGCUGUGAGUGUGGGAAAAGCUUCAAUCGUACCUCUGCCCUUAGUAGGCAUCAGCAAAUACACAGAGGAGAGAAACCCUAUGAAUGCUGUGAGUGCGGGAAACGUUUCACUCAGAGAUAUACCCUUAUCUCUCAUCAGAGAAUCCACACAGGAGAGAGACCCUAUGAAUGCUGUGAGUGCGGGAAACGUUUCACUCAGAGAUCAGCCCUUAUCUCUCAUCAGACAAUGCACAUGGGAGAGCGACCCUACGAAUGCUGCGAGUGUGGGAAAAGCUUCUCUUGGAGCUCAAACCUUACUAUACAUCAGCGGAUCCACACAGGAGAGAGCCUAUCCUCCCUUACCUCUCAUCAGACAACGCACGCAGGAGAGCGACCCUAUGAAUGUUGUGAGUGUGGGAAAAGCUUCUCUCGGAGCUCAAACCUUACUAUGCAUCAGAGGAUCCACACAGGAGAGACACCCUAUGAAUGCAGUGAGUGCGGGAAACGUUUCACUCACCUCUCCUCCCUUAUCUCUCACCAGAGAGUCCACACGGGAGAGAGACCCUAUGAAUGCAGUGAGUGCGGGAAAAGCUUCUCUCGGAGCUCAACCCUUAUUACACAUUACAGAAUCCACACCGGGCAGAGACCCUAUGAAUGCUGCGAGUGUGGGAAAAGCUUCGCUCAUAGUUCAGGCCUUUCUAAACAUCAGAGAAUCCACACUCAAAAGCGAGAGAAUACAUGUAGUGAGUGUGGGAAAAACUUCAAUUACCAUUCAGCCCUUAUUCGACAUGAGAUAAUCCACACAAAAGAGAGACCCUACGAAUGCUGUGAGUGUGGGAAAAGCUUCAAUCGUACCUCUGCCCUUAGUAGGCAUCAGCAAAUACACAGAGGAGAGAGACCCUAUGAAUGCUGUGAGUGUGGGAAAAGUUUCACUCAGAGAUAUACCCUUAUCUCUCAUCAGAGAAUCCACACGGGAGAGCGACCCUACAAAUGCUGUAAGUGCGGGCUAAGCUUCACUCAGAGAUCAGCCCUUAUCUCUCAUCAGACAAUGCACACGGGAGAGCGACCCUACGAAUGCUGCGAGUGUGGGAAAAGCUUCUCUCGGAGCUCAAACCUUACUAUACAUCAGCGGAUCCACACAGGAGAGAGACCCUAUGAAUGCCGUGAAUGCGGGAAACGUUUCACUCACUCCUCCUCCCUUACCUCUCAUCAGACAACGCAUGCAGGAGAGCGACCCUAUGAAUGUUGUGAGUGUGGGAAAAGCUUCUCUCGGAGCUCAAACCUUACUAUGCAUCAGAGGAUCCACACAGGAGAGACACACUAUGAAUGCAGUGAGUGCGGGAAACGUUUCACUCACCUCUCCUCCCUUAUCUCUCACCAGAGAGUCCACACAGGAGAGAGACCCUAUGAAUGCAGUGAGUGCGGGAAAAGCUUCUCUCGGAGCUCAACCCUUAUUACACAUUACAGAAUCCACACCGGGCAGAGACCCUAUGAAUGCUGCGAGUGUGGGAAAAGCUUCGCUCAUAGUUCAGGCCUUUCUAAACAUCAGAGAAUCUGUAAAGGAGAUAAACUUCAUAAAAACCUUCUCUAGAGCUGUCAGAAGACUUUUUUUCUUUAAUUCUUUUGACAGUUCCCAGAUAGUGAGUGUUAAGGCUGUUUGCAUCUUUUGCCCACUGUAGUCCCUCAGCUCCCACACGAGUUGUGCACUUUUGAAGCUCGCCCGUCUUUGGGGUGGAUCCUGUGGUCCUUUCUAUCAACUCCAUUGUCCUGUGAGUCAUGGGAGUGGGUGUCCUUUCUAUCAGGAAUGUCAUCACCCCAGGUGGGGGAGAUGGGGAGUGUCUUCAACCAGCUAUGUUGAGAUAAAAUCUACCUGGGUCUCAUCACUGUGGUUGCCAUGGAGUUAGCUAGCUUGAGUUCACUUUCCUGAUGUAAAAAGACAGCUAUUCUUGCAGUAAAGACAUGGGCCAUGGAUAGUGGGUGGGGUUAUCUAGCACAUUUCCUCCUGAUCUGACCUAACCACCGUCACAUUUCCUUGUCUAAACAAACCUGGAGAUUCACAUUUAUACUCCUCCUCUCAGUGCAAAGUUAUUGUUCGAGUUGCCAUGUUCCUCUCUGAGGACAGAUCGUCUCAUUCCCAGUUGUUCUCACAUUACCCUGGAUUGUGCAGAACAGCAGUUAUUUUGUUGACUUUUUUCUCAUGUAAAAUAUAUUUAAAUAUGAUGAAGAGCUGGAGCAGUGUCAGGGAAAUAAGGGUCAUUUCAGGCUCUGUGACACUGGAAGGAGAUGGGGCGACUCAGAGAUUCCGUCCUUCCCCAUCACCCCAGAACUGUUACCUUGUGUCUGAGCCAUGCAGAGUUCACCCCUUCAUAUUCCUUCACUUCCCAACGUGUCCGGUGAGGUCAUGUUCUUGGCUGUCCAUGCUUGGGAAUGGUGCUUGGACGUCUUUGAUCCUAAAUCAGAGUCACUCUGGCAGGAGCUGAAAGUGUCACAGACCUGGAAGGGGAUUUCAAAUGGAUCCCAAGCACUGUUCAAAUCCCCUUUUCCCUCUAUUGGCAAAGCCACUUCUGGGAGGGUCGGCUGUUUUUUCCACCUGUUCUGUAGGUGCUAAAACUUCUGUAAAUAACACUAAUGAGACAGCGCUGGGUGAAGCAGGUUUCAGUGGAUCAGGGGAGAAUUUCUCAUCCUGAUUCUGAGACAUCAGAUGUAACCUAGUCUGGAAUUUCACUUUAAAUGAAAAUGAAAGUGUCUUCUACCUGUCUGUGA